AUUUUCAUAUUUAGGUCACAUGGUGGCGGUGUGCUGUGGUUGUAGUUGUCUGCUACAAACAAAAUAAGAGAAGAACGCACGAUUUAAACGAUCAACAGGAAGUUGGUCGUUUAAAACUGACAUUUUCAUUUUUAUAAAAUAAAAAUGAUGAAUAUGCAUGAAAUACUGCAGUAACGCGACAGAAACAUAAAUGUAGUCCGUCAAACUUCACCUCCAUUCACCUCCUCAUCCUCGUACUCUUCUUUCCUCCUCUCACACACGGGAUUUGAACUCACGCUUUUCUGUUCAUGGAAAAGUAGGAAAAAGACAUUUGGACGUGGUUUUAUAUAUGAAGUAUAGACACGUUCUCAUUCAGUAUUGGUGGACUCGUUAAACGACCUUUGUGCUGUCUGUGCCCCCUAGUGGUCAGUAAAGAACAUUUCACUAGCUUUAUAUCACCAUGCCUCCUACACCAAAGUCCAUAGAGAAAAUCAGUGAUUUUAGUUUACAGAGAAACAUUAGCACAUUUAGAUUUGAUCUGACAGGUCUCUCUUAAUAUCUCCCACACUGAGGUCCACACUGAGCUCAAGGAAAACUAAAUAAAGCCGUCUUGUUUAAUCUGAUUUCAUCUUAUUUUACUCAUUAUUCCAGGGUAAACAGUGGCCAUGGUUCAGUGUUUGCGUGUGUGUAUGAAAGAGAGAGACAUGAAGAACGAGUGGAGGAGAGAGGGUGACGACGGUUUACGGCAGAGGAAGCAGUGACAAACACACAGACCCUCCCUGAGUCUGACAGGCGGAGAAGAGGAGGAGGAGGACAGAGGAGGAGACAGGAGCAGGAGCUGGAGGAGACGCAGCCAGAGGAGGACAAGCGUGAAUCAUUUUGUAGCUUCUGGACACAUGGACGUGUGAAUUUGAUGGAGCCGGUUUUCCUCCUCGACCACUUUCACCCUCUGUGAGAAAAAAUGGGCUGCAUCGGAUCCAGGACCAUCACUGUGGAUGCAGUUCCUGUCAGAAAAGAUGGAGAUCAGCUGUCCAUGGAGGACACCACGUCCAUCCUGCCUCGUCUAAAGAGGAAGUCCACCAACACCUACGGGAUCGGUGCUCUGGCUAAGUCGUCUCUGUCAGGUGUGUCAGGCGUAACCCGCUCCAUGAAGGACAAAGUGACCAAACCCACAGCUAUGGCCCAAGGUCGUGUGGCCCACAUGAUUGAGUGGCAAAGUUGGGGUAAACCAUCAGCAGGGCCACCAGGGGGAGCCUGUCGGACCAACCUGCAGAGGGAGAAAGAGAGGAGGAUGGAGAACGACGCCUACAGUGACCUCAGCGACGGAGAGAAAGAAGCUCGCUUUGCUGCAGGCAUCAUGCAGCAGUUUGCCAUCUCUGAGGCCACUCUGUUUGGAUGGAAUUCAAUGGAUGGAGAAAGUUUGGGGGCGGGGUCUAACCAGGGCAGCAUGGCUCACCUCAGUGAGGUCAACCAGGAGAGCAUCACCAGCAGAGACCAGAUUCUCCACCAGUCUUCUGCAGACGUCUGGCCUCACACCUACGUCUCCCAGGGUCUUUACUGCCUGUCGUCCUCAGACGCCUGGGACCCAAUCACCAGCCAGCCAUCCGGCGUGGCGUCUCCGGCCGCGGGCUCCUACAUCAUGGCCGCAGGUGGCAGUAACGGUGUGGGUGGUACACCUGCGGAGUGUUCGGAGGGUACGGUCAGCAGUUACCUCCAUCAGCACCAAGCUCAGCUGGCGCUGCAGCAGCAGAACCAACUCCAGCAGCUGCAGCAGCUGCAGCAGCUCCAUCACUACCAGCAGCACGUCCUGCAGUACCAGCAGCAACAGUCUCUGGACCACAGGCUCCACAGCCCCUCCCACUCCCUACAGGCCACCCCCAACAGCACCAUCCACAGCCUAGGACCCCCCACCCACCCCCGCCUGGCUGAUCUGUGGGGAGCUGCACAGGUGGAGGCCCAUCAGGUGGAGGUCCUGGGACAGCUGAGUGGACAGAUGGUGGAGACGGUGGGAGAGGAACCAGAACCGGAGUCUGAAGGUUUUCCUGAGCAGCGUGAAAAGGAGGUGGAGGGGGAGGAGAAGCUGACGAAGAUGGAGGAGGUGACCCUAACCCUAGAACCUGAGUCCUGCCCUGUGACUCCUUCUCCACUCAGAGAAGACUCGUCCUCGUCCUUCAACAGACUGACGUCACACAUCAUUCAACCCACCGCGUUGGACGUCACACUGUCAACCGGCGUCACCAGGUCAGCGGACAAAGACACUGACGACGGCUCGGCCGCUGUUGUUUUUGCCGCUAACUGAACUUCUGAGAUCAUGAACAAAAACAGGAAAUAAAUACUUCAAUAAUCACUUCAGCUUUUAUCUCAGACUGUCCCAAAUAUUUACCCACUUUGAAGAACAGGAAGCAGAAAAGACUCUGUUCAGGAGGAGACAGAGGAUUCAUACAGAUGGACCAAAACUGUGGCUGAGGACAAACUGGUGGAAAUGUCCAACACAGAGGUAGGACGAGGAGGAGAAGAAAAAGAUGUGAUAGUUCUGGGUUUUCACAGUGUUUAAUUGAGCUAACCUAAAGAAUGUGGUCUGAACUAAAAUCUCUGAUUUUCUCUAUGAGGUUUGGUGUGGGAACUGAAGCAGCUGAUCAACCACUAACUGAAAACCUCGAUCACUUCACAACAGUUCACGUGACAACAGAAAUGAUGACAGUUUCUAUAAAUGUCUUGGAGUGUGACAGAUGUGUGUGUGUGUGUGUUGUUAGUGAACGUGAGUGACAGCCCACCUGGGCAGCAGGUGAAUGGGUCAGGUGUGUGGCCCAGACUCAGAGUCAUUGACUGUCACAGUGUAACAACAUAAACACAGUAAUAAAAUAUAUCCAACAUUUUUAAAUAAAGGAUAAAAAUGAGAGUCA